UGCAAAACACACAGACACACAGCCGGAGAGACAGAGAUGAGAAAGAAACAAGAGAUACAGACAAGAGAAAGAUGCGAGAAACAAAACCACAGAUGAUGCUGACUCUAUUGUUAACAAUGAAUAAUUAGCCUGAGAGAUAGAGAGAUAGAGGAAAGGAGGAGGGGUGCAAAAAAGAGAGAGACAGAGAGAGACAGACAGAGAGCGGCAUGGCCCUCUUAUACGUCUCUGCAGUGAAGCUGCACAUCCUGGACUGAAGAACAUGCUGGAUAAGAGUGAAGUGUCCACACUAGGUCUGCCACCAUCCGUGAGCCAUGGUGGUUCAGACGGGAACAUCAGCGUGGAGGCGGGUUCGGACGGGGUGGGUGGUGAGGUCCAGAGAACACGAGUGGCGCUGGAACACCUGCAGCAGAAGAUCCUGAAGAUCACUGAGCAGAUACGUGUGGAACAGGAAGCCCGUGAUGAUAAUGUGGCUGAGUAUCUCAAACUAGCUCACAAUGCCGACAAACAGCAGGCGUCACGCAUCAAACAGGUGUUUGAGAAGAAGAACCAGAAAUCUGCACAGACGAUUGCACACCUGCACAAGAAACUCGAGCACUACCACAAGAAACUCAAAGAGAUUGAGCAGAACGGUCCUGCACGGCAGCCCAAAGACGUUUUGAGGGACAUGCAGCAGGGGCUGAAAGAUGUUGGGGCUAAUGUUCGGGCUGGAAUCAGUGGUUUUGGAGGGGGUGUGGUGGAAGGGGUGAAGGGUGGAGUAUCUGCGCUCACGCACACUGCCGUUGUCUCCAAACCGCGAGAGUUUGCCAGUCUCAUUCGCAAUAAGUUCGGCAGCGCCGACAACAUAGCACACAUGAAGGACACUCUGGAGGAUGGGCACACAGAGGAGACGCCCAGAGCUCUGAGCGGGAGUGCCACCCUCGUCUCCAGCCCUAAAUACGGCAGCGACGAUGAAUGCUCCAGCGCCACCUCUGGGUCUGCAGGUGGCAGCAACUCUGGUGGGGCGGGAGGGGCUAUGUCAGGGAUGGGGGCGACCAUGGGCAGCCCUCGACUGGAUGGACACCAUCACCACCAUCAUCACCACCACUCGUCGUCUUCCUCUUGGGACGUGCUACUGGAAGGCCUGCAGGAGAUCAAAGCUAGUCAGGUGCAUAUGGAGGAUGCAAUCGAAGACAUGAAGGUGCAGCUGCAGAGCGACUACACCUACAUGACCCAGUGCUUGCAGGAAGAGAGAUACAGGUACGAGCGUCUAGAAGAACAGUUGAAUGACCUGACGGAACUUCAUCAGAAUGAGAUGAGCAACCUCAAGCAAGAGCUCGCCAGCAUGGAGGAGAAGGUGGCAUAUCAGUCAUACGAGAGAGCACGAGACAUACAGGAGGCAGUAGAGUCCUGUCUGACACGCAUCACCAAACUCGAGUUGCAACAGCAGCAGCAGCAGGUUGUACAGUUGGAGGGCGUCGAGAACGCAAACGCCCGAGCACUGCUAGGAAAACUCAUCAACGUGAUUCUCGCCCUGAUGGCCGUGCUACUGGUGUUCGUCUCCACCAUGGCCAACUUCAUCACGCCCCUCAUGAAGACCCGCGCCCGUGUUGGCACCACCCUCGCCCUGGCACUCUUCCUUGUCACACUAUGGAAACACUGGGAUUGGCUGGAGCUCUUUCUGCUGCCCAGCUGAGAGAAGCAAUUAGAAUAAACGCUCAGAACUUUAUUCUAAGUGUGACGCAUCCCGCCCAUUGUAAUCUCAUCUCAUCGGAAGUUGGUGAGAGAUUUAUGGAUGUAUAAAACUAUAUAAACAUCCAUCUUUUUAUUUACUUCAGUGAUUUGGGUGGGCAGACAAGUGAUGUGGGGACUUUAUAGCCCUGCUUUGACAGGGAGAUACCAAGCCUGAAGAUGGCGCUGUUUCAAUCACAGGCCUGGCUGAAACAACUUAUCAAUACAUGUAUGUUCUUUCCGAAAGAGAAUGUAUCACUUUAUUUAGACCUUUGUCUUUUGUCUCUGUCUCUUUGUUUUAGGGAUAGUUAACCUAAAAAUGAAAAUUCUGUUAAUUUACUUACCCUCAUGUCAUCCCCAACCCGUAUGACUUUUUCUUCCAUGGAAUUCAAACUUCAAGAGGACAAAAACACCAUAAAAACACUAAAAAACUAUUAUAAAAAAUUGUCCAUGACAUGAGUGAGUAAACGAUAUCAGAAUUUUAAUUUGUGUGUGAACUGUCCCUUAACUAAUGAAUGUUAAAACAGUUUCAGACACAAGAAAUACAUUUUUCUGUUGAUGCAUGGCUUUACUCUGACUUACACAGUCCCAUCUUAGACCAGACAUCAUCGUUAAAGUCCGCAUGUAACGGAAGUUGCGACCGACAUUACUUCAGUAUCAUGACGUAUUUCCGAGUGAAACGGAAUACUGAAUGCAGGGCUUGAUUUUCUCCACUGAGAAUUGAUUGGAUCUAGAAAUGGAGGUGUUCCAUACAGAAAUGGAGGCACAUCUAGUUUACAGUCAGUUGUGGAGGACUACUCACCGCCUGACACACCGCCAGCAAUCGCUUUUGAUGAGGAAGAAGUUUGUUCGCAGCAGGCGGAGGAGGACGAGGAGCAGGAGCAAACAGAGGAUCAUUUUAUCGCAGGAAUCAGGCUUAUAUGUUUGAGCCAUUACCUGCUGAGAAUACUAACGGUGACCUGGAAGUGGAGGCUCAGGAACAAGUUUACCCUCGAGAGCAUCUCGAUGUCUCCCAAUGAUAACGCUAAUUUUUGUUUUUUUGGGGGGAUUUUCUCCCUUUUUCUCCCCAAUUUGGAAUGCCCAAUUCCCAAUGCGCUCUAGGUCCUCGUGGUGGCGGAGUGACUCACCUCAAUCCGGGUGGCGGAGGAUGAUUCUCAGCUGCCUCCGCGUCUGAGACCGUCAAUCCGCACAUCUUAUCACGUGGCUUGUUGAGCAUGUUACCGCGGAGAUGUAGUGCGUGUGGAGGCUUCACGCUAUUCUCCGCGGCAUCCACGCACAACUCACCACACACCCCACCGAGAGCAAGAACCACAUUAUAGCAACCACGAGGAGGUUACCCCAUUUGACUCUACCCUCCCUAGCAACUGGGCCAAUUGGUUGCUUAGGAAGCCUGACUGGAGUCACUCAGCACGCCCUGGAUUCGAACUCGUGACUCCAGGUGUGGUAGUCAGUAUCUUUACUUGCUGAGCUACCCAGGCCCCUGUGUCGCAAAUUUUUUUUUAAAAAUUAAUUGUUAUUUGCUAUUACUGUUGGUGUACACUUACGGGACAGACGGAUCUGUCAAAGACAAAUAUUUCACAACCCCCAUUCGUGGGUGAAAUGCCUCAAACACAACUGCGACCUCUCUGAUAUCCCUCCUUCUUCAAAAUGCAAAAAAUCAAGCCAUCGGCCCCGCAACCAGGGUAUUUGGGGGAUUGGGAAAAGGGUUUUGGGAGAGCCACAACCUAAGACGCACCUCCUCGCCAUCCUGUUUGUUAUGCGUCUUUUUACUCGCUGUCAAAGCUCAACGCAGACUGGCGGUAGGAGGGGAUGGGUCAAAGGAUGUUCUGCCCAAGCCGUCAAAUUGAUGUCAUCAGAGAAGAAAUAUCGUUCCAGAGGCGAAGCUAAUUUUCAGAUUUUGAUUGAAUAUUACAAAGACAAACUAUUUUUGUCUGUGCAUUAACUUCCACGGGUGAAUUGUUCACCACAAGACUAGUAAUGUGCGCUAACAAAGUAAAUAGGGUCAAUUUUUUAUUACAUGCGGACUUUAAUGAAGGACCUUUUACAUGCUGAGACUUGUAUGUUUAGUCUCUGUGAAAUUCAAUGUCUGUUAUAUUUUAUCUUCUGAAAUAUCUCAUUAGGGAGGAUGAAACUUUGUCAUUACCAUUUUACUAUGUGUGUUGUUAAGUGACAUUUGGCAUAGAUUGAAAUGGCAGACAUGUAACGUCAGUAGUCAUUAAUCAAUAACCUCAUUCGUCAUCAGAACAUUUUUGCAAACCGCUAUAGUGUAACACGCUCAAUCCCAAUGGCAUGAUCACAUUUCUCAUGUUUCUACCCGUUUGCUAAAAAUCACAACACCAUUCUUAAUAAAGACAUUUGCAAAUA